AUGUCUCACUGGCACAGACUUGCAAAACUUCAUAUGCACUCCGACCUCACUUUGAAGAUACUCGACCAAACAACAACUGAUCUUGGCGAGCAGUUUAGUCUAUUGAAGGAAAUGGUGUGCGCUUCAUACCAAACGCAGGAGCUUGAUCGUGAAGUUGAUGCGCGAUCUCGCUGGCAGGCAAAGGAAGCGGCCAAAUGGGCUGAGAAUAGCAAGGGAAAAAGCAAAGAAAAAGAAAAGGCUGAGUGGAGAGCAGUCGCAUGCUGGGAUUAUGUGGCCUCCAUCCGUUUCUUUGGCACAACGGAUUCAUACAGCACUGAACCCGGAGAGCUGGAGCAUCGCACGCCAAAGGGCAGAUACCGUCACACUGAUAAAAGGGCAUUUGUCCACCAACUGACUCAGAUCGAGCGCCGUGAGGCUCGCUUGCACCGCAUCAAGCAAAAACAACCCCAGCGAGGCCCUCGCAUAGAGGCACAUAAAAUGGCCAGUGACCCUCAGCUUCACCAUCAUAUCGGUCAAGGCAAGAAGAUGUACGAUGAUCUUGGUCAGUACCUCCACGACCAUGCAGGAGAUCCUGCUAUGAAGGAAUUCCUUCCUCGAUUGAAAGAUCAUAUUUUCAAUCACCUCAAUCCGGAGAUUGCUGAAUCACUUGCAGAAACAUUAGCCCAUUCCGAACAACACAAUUCCAUCUUUUUCAAACGUAAUCGACUUUAUCACCACAAUCUCGCAAGAUUUAACUACACCACCUAUGACGUUCGAAGGGCCCAAGAUGUCAGUAAACCUAUGAACUCUGCAUUGCAACAUUAUGCUACUGAAAAAUCGCAAUGA